AAGUAUUAUAAAAUGCCCUCGAAGAAAUUAUAUAAUUUAGUUAGUGAUGAUGCUUAUGAUAGUAGGAUUCCUUUAUAUAAUGAAGAAGCUUUUCAGCAUGGAAUCACUUUUCAUGCAAAAUAUAUUGGUUCUCUGGAUGUCCCAAGGCCAAAUAGUAGGAUUGAAAUCGUUGCAGCCAUGAGAAGAAUUAGAUAUGAAUUCAAAGCAAAAUCUUUAAAGAAAAAAAAAGUAAGCAUCACAGUAUCUGUUGAUGGUGUUAAAGUAGUGCUAAGGAAUAAAAAACGAACAAAUCACUGGCCUUGGGAUGAAAAUAAAUUUAUUGUUCUUCAUCAUCCUAUAUAUAGGAUAUUUUAUGUUUCCCAUGAUUCUCAAGAUCUUAAAAUAUUUAGUUACAUAGCAAGAGACGGGGGAAGUAACUCAUUCAAGUGCAAUGUCUUCAAGUCAAAAAAGAAGAGUCAAGCUAUGAGAAUUGUUCGCACUGUUGGGCAAGCUUUUGAAGUGUGUCACAAACUAAGCUUAGCUUUAGCUUCAACAUCUGCCUGUAUAACUUCUAAUGAAGAUAUUGAAGAAAGUACUUUACCUGAUCAUCAUUCUAACAAAGGUAAGAGUCAAGGAGAUGGUGCUUCUGAGCCUAAUAGUUGUGAUACGCAAGAAGAGUCAAGUCUCACAAAAUCACCCGACAUAGAGGCAAAAGUGAAAACAAAAGAAACUGACUUAUACGAAAAAUCUGAUAGUUCUGCUUCUGAAAAUAAUAAGAAAAUUCUUGAUUCUCCAAGUGUUUAUCAUCAUAUCCAGUUAUUAAAAGAGCAACUAGAGCAACAGAACCAGCAAUUACAUACUGUUGUGGGGCAGGUACAACUGUUAAAGGAUCAACUUUCUGCUGAAACUACAGCUCGUCAAGAAGCACAAUCUCAGAAUCACCGUUUACUGGCUCAUAAUAAGGAACUUCUGGAGCAUAUUAGGAAACUUGUGAAUCAUAUUCAGGAAAUUGAAGCAAAAGUAAACUUGUCUGAAAGAUCGGACGAAACCAUGAUUCCUCAAUCAUUCCAUCCAACUCCUCUGCCUGCAUCUGAAUUUGAUUUGUCAUUUCUUCAAAACUCAAGGUACCAAGGAGAAAAUGAUAAAAGUAAUUUCAGCUCUGGAGGUAGUUUCCUUCCAUCUAAAAACAUUUCUCAGUUUAGCAGGCAAUUGUCGGUCCCUGAUGCUACUUACCAUAGCUCUCCUAACAGUCCAAAAUUUGGUCUAAUAUCAAAGCAUUCUGACUUUUCACUUCCAUGCAGUCCUUCUCAAAGAGAUUUUUCAACCAAUUUGAACUCAAUAUUCAGUCCAGAUAAUUUUGUUUGUAGCAGCCCAAAGCAAAUCAGGUCUGCAAAAUCUGUUGCAGAAUCUCAAAAUAAUUUGGGGCAACCAACUGAUGCUGUCAUUGAAUCAUAUGUUUGUAAAAGUCCAUCAAAAACUAAGAAGCAGCAGAUAUUUGAUUUUGAAUGCACAGAUUUCACUUCCCAUUGUGCCGACCAAGCCUUAAGGUCUUUUGAUAAAGAAUAUCAGGAUCAUGGCAGUCGCUUUAACUUUGGUGUUAGCUCAUUACAAGAAAAAGAUGUAUGUAGCUCUGCUGAAUCAAGAACUGAUAAUUCUGACAGCUUCAUAGCUCAAAUCACAAAAGAUUUGGCUAGGAUUAGUACGUUUGAAAAAUUUUCUUGA